AUGUCACCGCAGCCGGACGCCCAAACAAGUACCUCACCCCCCGCAUCGGUGAGGUCAAAUGCGCCGCACAACCCUGGAUAUGGCCCUCCCACGCCCUCCUCUGGCGACGAGCUCGACGACGACGACGUGACACCAAAAAGCCUCUCGCAGACUGGCCGCUCCAAGACGGCUCCGGUUGCCCGAGACAACAGCUUCUUGAAGUCGUCCAUUGACCGUCCACAGCUGUCGGAGCGCGACAGCAUCUUCGCAACCACCUAUCUAGCCUCCGACACGCCUGCCUCCUCUCCGCGGACCAGCGCACGCGCGAUUGACGCAAACGACGAUGCUCCCGAACACUGCUUAUCAGAAAUGGCAGCGCCAGCGCCUCCCCAGAGGAGACUGAUGGACCCGCCUGUCAUACGCAGGAAGCACUCCACAGUCCCACCUGUAGCCCUAAUCGACCACCAUGCCGUGUUGACGACUCAUUUCAACUCGCGAAAACCCAUUGCGGACGGUAUGGACCUAGAAGACAGCCGACACAGCCCCCCGCCAUACAUGAGUCCGGUUGACUCUCCCGUACAGCGACACGCUACACUACAUCAUCAUCAUCAUCAUCAUCAUCAUCAUCAUCAUCAUCACGACGUUCGGUCGACACUACAAGAGGUCUUGAAGGAUAGUGAAGAGAGGCGCAAGAAUAGAGAAUGGCGCGAAGGCAAACCCGUGCCUUUCAAGGGACACAAUGCCCUCGAGAACCCUGUAUUGGAUGUUGAUAUGGAAAAGAAGAUCGAAGCAACGCUGGCCAAGACGGAGCAGCCUACAUCAGCACGUAGUAGGAAAGCAAGUCACUAUUUGCGUGUCUUCAAGGAUGCCGAUGUCACUGAAGAACAGAAGAAGCGGGAUGUCAAAACAAAGGACCGUCGACCUACCGACAAGUUACUUUAUCAACUCCCAGAAAAUGGGCAAGCAAGCCCUGGCGCUGUCGAGGCUAGCAUUUUUACUGAGCAGCUGCAAGCAAUGACUUGUACUUCGCCAGCUGUGCAGUCGCCCCCAGCGGGCCCGACUACGUCCUACUUCGACAAGGUUCCGACGCCACGGAGCGAGCCUGACCAUGCUCCGCUCUCGAACAUUCCUGUAAGCACGCAGUUAGAUCAGAGCACAGCCAAUAAGCAUCAACUCCCUCGGCGUCUUCUGGACGAGAUUAGGAGCCACGAGAAUCUUACGCCUCCCUUGAAACCAAGAUCAUCGUUUUCACGAAGUCUCCCCACCUCAGCUGUUGAGAAGCUCAGUGCCCAGGUCGCGAAGGCCGGGUCUGAACACCAGCAUAUUGAGCCGUCUGACUAUUUCCAAGCCAAGGGCAACGACAACGCAGCACAUGCGCCAGCAUCUGAAGAAGAAGAAGAGGACGAUUCAGAGAGAGAACAGAUUUCAUCAGCCCUUUACUUCCCGCAUCGUCGACUCAAGGCAAACGAGCAAGGUCCAGUAGAAGAACAGGAUCGGAAAGCGGAGCUAAAUGACGUCCGGAAGAGAACUUCGAUUCAUGCAGGUAAAGGACCUCGAGGCUGGGCUACGGAAGAGGUUGUGCAAACCCCACAAGAAGUAGAAAUCUCUCUACAGUCCCAAGAUACAAAUCAAUGCCUGCAUGGUGACAUAUCAACGACAGCUUCCGUCCCGAAAGAUGACGACCAGCCGCUGACAUCAGCGAAUGUUGAUGCGCUUUCAAUCUCAGCCUCAGCUUCAGCUGAAUCUGAAACAGAGUCUCUGGCGGAAUCUACUCACUCAUUGCGUGGUUACGAAUCCAGUGCAACUGAUGACUUAGGUACUACACCCACUGCGACAACACUGAAGCAAGAGCCGAAGGCUCCAUCUGCACCUUCUUCUCAACCAUUAGCUCCACUGGGUGCUGUUGAACUGAAACCGUACAAUCAUCAGGUGGGCGGUCAUUCCACCGUCUAUCGCUUUUCGAGAAGGGCGGUGUGCAAGCAGCUAAACAACCGAGAAAAUGAAUUCUACGAGACUGUGGAAAGGGAGCACCCAGAGCUAUUGGAGUUUCUGCCCAGGUAUAUUGGUGUCCUCAAUGUCACGUAUCGUAAAGCACAGAAAAAGAAAAAGACACAACAAGACAAAGCGAAAGCAGACAAUAUUCCAGCUGCGUCUGCGUCACAAUUCAGUGCUGCAUCUAGACAGGAUUCUACAGCUCCUCACGAUGGCGGUAAAUCUGAUGAUCAACCACGCGUGGUUAGUCAUUCGCAACAGAUUAUGCCUAUCCCUCAAGUGAUUUUUGAAAAUAACCGGCACAUAAUUCCGGAUAACCUUUUUCGAGUGCCGCCACGAUCGGCUACUCCAGACUCGUGGAUGAGGAACUCUUCUUAUUCAUCACAGUAUCACCGACGGGGCCAGAGUGACUAUGAAUACAGAUCAACCGGUUCAUCGCGGCCGCAAAUGCAACACCACAGCAGUUGGGGCGUAACCACAAUCAAUAGGAAAUUGCAAGAAGAGGUACUUCGCCAGGUAUUUGCACCCCCCACCAUACACCAUCGCCACCGCCAUCAUCACCAUCAUGGCAUUCCUGCCCGCGCAAUGGUGGGAGAAUCGGAACAAUCAUUGGUUGGGUCAGCACCCACUAUAAGAAGGAACAGCGCGGAUGUAUCUGCAAUAGUCCCCCCACUCACCGAAGAAAGCACUCGCAAGCAGGUCCUCAAGGCUGAAGCGCGGCGGCAUGCUUCAAUUGGAAGCGAUCAUGCCGUCAGCGCAAGCUCGCUUCAAGAGUCAAACACCCGAGACGCUGAAACGUUACAACUACCAUCAACUAAUUUACCUCGGCGUCGUCAUUCUGGUAGUGGACUUACAAGGAGACCUCUAGGAAUAGACUCCGGUCGUAGGCACAAUUUGGAAUACUACGAAGAGGACGCCGCAUAUGGUGGUGACGCAGAGGAAGAGGAGGUCUUCAUUAUGGACGAGGACCACAAUGCCCCAUCACAAACGAAAGCACCCGAAAGAGGUCGACGCAUGGAUACCAAGGUCAUUCAUAGCAAUAGCCGCUCAGAGAACGCACCAGAAGGGACUAUGCUUCCGGCAGCCGUCACAUCAAAAGGACUGAAUACCCUUCCAGUCCCCGAUGAACCGUUCAACCACGAGCAAGCUCAACAGCAGCCCGACGAGCGAGUGCAGCACUUUCUCCUUCUCGAGGAUCUCACUGCGGGCAUGUCCAACCCAUGUGUUUUGGAUCUAAAGAUGGGCACGCGCCAGUACGGCGUGGAAGCUGACGAGAAGAAGCAACGUUCGCAAAGGCGCAAGUGCCAGAUGACUACCAGUCGUGAGCUUGGCGUACGUGUCUGUGGUAUGCAGAUAUGGAACGUCAAGACUCAAAGCUAUGUUUUCGAAGACAAAUACUUCGGCCGUGAUCUCAAGGCCGGUAAAGAGUUCCAGGAUGCGCUCAAACGCUUUUUCUGGGAUGGCACAGGGCACAAAGCGGCGACUCGGCAUAUCCCCGUGAUUCUGGAGAAGAUUAGCCAAUUGGAGCGUAUGAUUAGGAAGCUACCAGGCUACCGAUUCUACGCAAGCAGCUUGCUCAUGCUGUACGAUCGCGGAGAAGGAGAAUCCAAAGACAAAGACGCAUCGUCCCUACCGAACGGCCACUCGAACCCGGGCAGCGAGAACGAUUCCGCGGCGCCAUCCGGACCUACGUCCCCUGGCCCAGCCCCCACCUCGAAUCCAACACCCAAAAGGUAUUCCGAAAUAAAGCUCAAGAUUGUCGACUUUGCCAACUGUGUGACCGCCGAAGAUCCGCUCCCAGACGACCUACCGUGCCCCCCUCAAAAUCCAGAUGGGGUGGAUAGAGGCUACCUCCGCGGCCUACGUUCUCUACGCUUGUACUUCCAGCGCAUUUGGCGAGAUAUCAACGAGGAAUGGGUGGAGAGAGGUGAGGGAGAGGGUAUGGCUGCUAGGAACCAUCACCACGGGCCUGGACUUGGCGAAGUUGGCGGUGGGUGGAUGGAUGAUGCUGGGAACGAAGAUAUGGGGUAUGUGAGCUUUUAA